CACAGACCAAGCACUCAUGGCUUCCUUCUUCCUCUUCCUCUGCAUCUCUUCGCUCAUCCUCUGCCCACCUUCGCAGGCUGAUGACGUCAAGGCCGUGCACACUCCUUUGGGCACUAUUCAGAGGGAGACGAAGCAGCAGAUCCUCGCCACUGUGCCUCCCAACCCGUCGGAGAACACCGAGCCCUUCCUGACUUCUCCCUUGGGUAAGUACGUCGGCUACCUCCUCCGCCGCGAGACCGCACCGGGCGCCGGCGGCAUGGGCAACGACUUCUGCUACAUCCAGAUCCAGGAGGUAGCCUCCGGAGCCAGCGUGUGGGAGUCGGAGUGCGAGCCGGUGAGCAGCGCGAACGCGUGCAGCCUCGUGUUCUGCGAUGCCGGGCUCGCGUUGUUCGAUGGGAGCAACCCGGUAUGGGACACCGGAGCCAGCGGCCACAACAACUUCCCGGCGACGUUGGAGCUGGUCGACCACGGCGACAUGAGGGUGAUCGACAAGGACGGGGAGUUGGUCUGGAAGGCCAGCGACGACGCGAGGGUGAAUCAACACUGUGGGUUGCCAGGCUCCCCGGGGCUGCCAUCCGGCGCGCCACCGUUUGUCGGGCCAAUUGGUGGAGACGACAACCCUCCAUUUGGCCAGCAGCCGCAGCAGACAACGCCAUACCCAACCAACGGAGCUCUGCCAUUGGCACCGGCGUCGGCGCCGUUGGUCGCACCAGCAAGCGGAGACGAGAAUAGCAACGGAGAUCUGCCGCUGGCACCGGCGUCGGCGCCGUUGGUCGCACCAGCAAGCGGAGACGAGAAUAGCAACGGAGAUCUGCCGCUGGCACCGGCAUAUCCGCCAGUUGUUGCACCAACGGGUGGGGCCGACGACCUUGCAGCAGGGGUGCUGCCUUCAACGAAUCCGAUCAACGGAGCAUUUGGCCAGCAGCAGCAGCCACAUGGAUUGCAUGGGGUGACGGAGCAGCCGCUGGUGGACAACACUCCUUACGACAGCGGGAGCUCAGGGAAGGAGGGAUCGGUCGUACUCUUCUUCUCGGCCGUGGUUGGUCACUUGAUGCUUUAUGGUUUCUGAGAGGUGGAGACGUGUGCAUGCAUGCAUGCAUGGGGUGGUGAUGGUGUUGUGUCGUACGCUUGAAGUGUCUCCGCAAUGUAUGUCUGAUGGAUGGUCAUGCUGUUUCUUUCCAUCGCUACUAAUUAAGCAGUAAAUUGUGUUGCAAC